AUGGGGCGAAUCGUGUACAUCGGCCGCGAGUCGAAGCACCUCGGCAAGACGGCCUUCACGCUGCUGGCCAAUCUGAAGAACUUCGGCGUCGGGCGGAUGAUCACCCGCCACGAGUUUGACGCCUUCCCCGAGGCGCCCAGCUUCCACAUCGUCAAGAAGGUGGAGACGGUCAUGGACCCGGAGCUGAAGUACGGCACCAUCUGGUGCGAGACGGUCAUUCAGGGCCGGCGGCUGCCCGGCAUUCGCCCGCUCAAAGUAGGCUACCGGCCGGACUUUCGGCUGAUUCCGCGCGACGAGGAGGAGGAGUUCCUGCGGGGCCAUCAGAUCGAGAACCUCGGCGACCGGGUGAACAUUCUGCCGGCGAAGUACGAGGUGCCGCCGCUGAUGCGCGAGUACAUGAAGCGGCACUUUGCGCGCACGAAAACGGGCGAAAAGUACACUGAAGGCGAGCAGUUUGCGAUUCCCUUCGUGUACAAGGACCGGAAGGACGCCCGAAAGGACGACGCCGACCUCUUCUGGAUUGCCAACCGCAUCGCCAAGGACGACGGCAGUGAAAAGCCGACGGUGCCCUUUGACGGCAAGUUCCACUUUAACGAGGAGUACCGGCGACACUGUGUACCAUUUGUCAAGAAGGCGAAUAGUAGUACGCAACAAUAA